CAUCGUCUCCCGCGGCCUUUCCCUGCUCCUGCUGCCCCCAGGGAUCGGGGGUCUGCGCUGAGCGGAGCCGGCUGCCAGGCCUUGCCUCGGGGGUCUGCGUGAGCGCGGGGCCGGGCGAUUCUCUUGACAGUUCUGUCCUUCUCCAGGAGGGCGGGAUGGCCCCUGUAUUCCCGGCAGCUCCAAGCUACAAAGUCCACAGGGAGUCAGUGACAUUCAAGGAUGUGACUGUGCAUUUUACCCAAGAAGAGUGGGGAAACCUGGACCCUUCUCAGAAGGAGUUGUACAAGGAUGUAAUGUUAGAGAAUUAUAAGAACCUUGUCUUCCUAGGACUUACAGUUUGGAAACCAGAUGUGAUCUCCCAUUUGGAGGAAGGAGAAACACCUUGGAUACAGGACCCAGAAGUACUUUGGAGUACCUGUCCAGAUUGGGAGACUGGGCCUGGAACUAAGCAGUUAACAGAGAAAAGACUCAGAAAAGAUGGUUCCUAUGUCUUUAAAUUGGGAGAAGCAUUGAAAUAUUAUGUCACUUUGGAGAAGCAGGAGCAAAACCAUGAGGAGAAACAUUCUAGAAAUCCUAUUGGAGAAAAUCUCCAUAAAAAUCACGAAUAUACUAAGGCCUUCUGGAAGACACACAUGGUUGAUCAUCAGACAAUUCACAACAGAGAAAAGCCUUAUGAAUGUACUUAUUGUGGAAAGGCCUUCCGCUCAAGCUCAUACCUUAUUCAACAUCAGAGAACUCAUACUGGGGAGAAACCUUAUGAAUGCAGUGAUUGUGGAAAAACCUUCCGCUGGAGCUCACAGUUUACUCAACAUCAAAGACUGCAUAGUGGAGUAAAACUUUAUAAAUGUAAUGAUUGUGGGAAGGUAUUCCCAAAUAGGACAUACCUUACUGAACAUCAGAGAAUUCAUACUGGAGAGAAGCCUUUUGAAUGUAAUGAUUGUGGGAGGACCUUCCGAUGGAGCUCACAGUUUACUCAGCAUCAAAGACUGCAUACUGGAGUGAAACUUUUUAAAUGUAAUGAUUGUGGGAAGGUAUUCCCUAAUAAGACAUACCUUAGUGAGCAUCAGAGAAUUCAUACAGGAGAGAAACCUUAUGAAUGUAAUGACUGUGGGAAGACCUUCCGAUGGAGUUCACAGUUAACUCUUCAUCAGAGAACUCAUACUGGAGAGAAACCUUAUAAAUGUAACAAUUGUGAAAGGGCCUUUCGUAGCAAAUUACACCUUACUCGACAUCAGAGACUUCAUACUGGAGAGAAACCUUAUGAAUGUCAUGAAUGUGGUGAGUCCUUCCGAUGGAGUUCACAAUUGACUGUACAUCGGAAACUUCAUACUGGAGAUGCUCCUUACAAAUGUGAUGAUUGUGGGAAAGUCUUCUGCUGGAGCUCACAGUUUGUUGAACACCAAAGAAUCCAUACUGGAGAAAAACCCUACAAGUGUAAUGAUUGCGGAAAGGCCUUUGGCUGGCUCUCACAGUUUACUAGACAUCUAAGAAUACAUACAGGAGAGAAAACCUAUAAAUGUUAUGAAUGUGGAAAGACCUUCCUUGAUAGCACAUAUCUUACUGAACAUCAGAGAAUUCAUACUGGAGAGAAGCCUUAUGAAUGUAAUGAUUGUGGAAAGGUCUUCCACUGGAGUUCAUAUCUUACUCAACAUCAGAAGACUCAUACUGGAGAGAAGCCUUAUAAAUGUAAUGAAUGUGGAAAGAACUUCUGCUGGAGGUCACAGUUUACUCAACAUCAGAGACAGCAUACUGGAUUGAAGUUAUAUAAGUGUAAUGAUUGUGGGAAAUCCUUCCUUAACAAGACGUACCUUACUCAACAUAGGAGGACUCAUACCAGAGAGAAGCCUUAUAAGUGUAAUGAGUGUGGAAAGAACUUCCGAUGGAGCUCACAGUUUACUCAACAUCAGAGACUGCAUACUGGAGUGAAACUCUAUCCAUGUAAUGAUUGUGGUAAGUCAUUCCUUAGUAACACAUACCUUACGCAACACAAAAGGACUCACACAAGAGAGAAGCCUUAUAAGUGUAAUGAUUGUGGGAGGACCUUCCGAUGGAGCUCACAGUUUACUCAGCAUCAAAGACUACAUACUGGAGUGAAACUUUUUAAAUGUGAUGAUUGUGGGAAGGUAUUCCCCAAUAAGACAUACCUUAGUGAACAUCAGAGAAUUCAUACUGGAGAGAAGCCUUUUGAAUGUAAUGAUUGUGGAAGGGCCUUCCGAUGGAGUUCACAGUUAACUAUACAUCAAAGAACUCAUACUGGAGAGAAGCCUUAUAAAUGUAACAGUUGUGAGAAAGCUUUCCGUUGUAAAUUAAAUCUUAAUCGACAUCAGAGAAUUCAUACUGGAAAAAAAUAAGUAUAAUAAUUGUCAGUGGCCUUUGGCUAACUCUCUCAGUUCAUGACAUCUGCGAAUUCAUAUAGGAGAAAAAAUACCAAUAUAUGUUACAAAUGCAGAAAGACUUUCCUCAACAGCACAUAUGUUACUGAAACAUUAGAGAAUUCAUCCUGAAGAGAAGCCUUCUGAAUGUAAUGAUUGUGAAAAAGCCUUCUAUUACCAACCCACAUCUUAAGAGACUUCAAACUGGAAAGAAACUUUAUGAAUGUGGGGACAUUUUCCACUGGCACUCACAAUUUAUAUAGUAUCAGAGAAUACAAACUCUUAUGAAAGUUGUACAUGUGAGAGUUUUUUCUGAAGUGACAACUUAACUGAACAUAAGAGAAACAUUAUGAAUGUGGAAAGGCCUUUUGUGAAAAGUGAGCUCUUAAUCAGCGUCACUUACCUCUUACUGGAGAGAAACCCUAUAAAUAUAAUGAAUGUGGAAAGAUCUUUGAGAGCAAAGCUCCUACUCAACAUUAUAGUUAUAUUAGAAAAUGGAGAUAGAAACUCAGCUAGUCAGCUGAGUCUGGAAGGAAAUCAGUAAUUGAAUGAGAAGAUUUAAGAUUAGAGGGCAAUUCAGGUAUGGGGUUCAAAGAAUUCAAAGACAAAGAGUUAUAAGCUGGAUAAUACCUUAUCAAAAUUCUCCUGAAACACCCUCUUUUCCCCCUUCCACAUGCUCUUUGCUAUGUAGAUUAUGAUAGUUCUUGUCCUGAAAGGCAAGGAAGCUAUCCCUAAGACUUAAUUGACAAGGUGGGCUAAGCUCAAGCUGUCUGUUGAUUGAUGCAGCUUCUCCAAACUAUGUUAAGGUAGCUUCCUAGUCACUUAAGAACAUAAAAAAGCUUGGCUUCCAAUUCUUGGAGAUUUAGCACAUUCUCCCCUGCUAACUAGAUUUGUUUCCAUAUAUACAUGAAAGGUGGCCUGUCUACCCAAGCUAACUGUGGUACCCUUAUUGAGUAUCUUUUAUGCUAUGGCUAAGUAAAUCUUUUUUGACUGUUGAAUGAGUAUGAGUAUCUCAUUCCAUUACAAUAUUUUACUUUAAUUAAUGGAACAGUUUGAGACAGGCCUGGCCCACAACAUUCAAUAUAUCUGGAUCAAAGUCCAUGGAGAGGAGUAAUGUAUGAGUACACCAGAGAGGUAAGAAGGACCUUAAGUGUAAAGAACUUUUAAUGACAGAUGGUUAUAUUCUAGAAUCACUAAAGAGUCAUUGGAGUUCAUUGUGUAGGAGACAUAAUAUAGUCAGUUCUAUGAGUUAAGAAAAUCACCAAAUACAUAAAGAAUGGAUUUUAGUUGUAAUAGGCUUAAGGCAAACCAGAUAGCAAGCUAUUUGCAAUAGUCUUAAGUGAGAAGUAUGAUGAGGACCUGAAUUAAGGUGAUGGCUGUAUGGGUGAAGAAAAUGGGAAAUUUCUCCAUCUUUGUGGAGAGACUACUGAUAAGAUUUGAUAGCUAACUGGAAGUUGGGAGUAAGAGUAAGUAAUUGAGGAUUACACAGGGGUUUGGGACCUGAGUGACAGUAAGGAAUAGUGAGUGUCUUGUACAGUAACCGGAACAUUCUAAUGAACAGUGGGUUUAGGGAGGUGAAAAGAUAUGAAUUCUAUCAUCUAUAUGAGAAACCUGUGGGGAAAUCCAAUUAAAAGACCUGUUAGAUAGUAUGGAUGAUGUAUGAUAUGGAACUGAAGCUUAGGAGAGAGCCUUUUGUUAGAUAUAUAAUCUAGUUUUCUGUAUUGAGAUGAUAAUUAGAUUCUGGGGAUAUGAUGAGAUAGCUAAAGAAUAUAGAGAAAAGGAGGCCCAGUACAGAACAUUGAGUUGUACCCACUAUUAGUGGACGUGUCACAAGAUGAAGACUGAGGAAAGAAGAGUGUUCAGCCAAGUAAGAGGAAAACCAGCAGAGAAUAGUACUAGGGAAAAAAAAAGAAAAGUAUGGUAAACAGUGCCAAAUGCCAUGAACAGGUCAAAAAGGAUGAUACCACUAGUUGGGUUAUAUUAUACCCAACAAAUUCAGGUAUGAGUUGGACUAGAUGGCAGCUGACUCCCUUCAGACUCUAGAAUCUUAUAACUUAAGUGAGUACUUUGCUCCAAUGAGCCCUAGUUCUUUUUAACCAUUAAAAAAUUGUAAGUUAUCCAUCACUAAAAAUAAAGAAAAAAAAUUUUGAUUAACAUUAAAAAGUUAAAUCACACAAAUUCACAAUAUGAAGCAAACACUUUUUAUUUUUUGUUCUAUAUCUCUAGGAUUCUGAAUCUCUAGGUUUUAAUCCUAGUUCUCAAUUCCAUUGUUUGUCCAUUUGCAGUGUCAGUAUUCCAGAAAUCUUAGUACAGUUUGAAGUUUAAAUAACUUUAGAACUUCACUAAGACUUUUGGGAACAACUCACAUACACAUGUCCUUCCAUAUCUCUGCAUAUACAUAUAUAUGUACAUAUACAAACACAUAGUACAUAUAUAAUAUACAUACAUAUGUAUAUAUUUAUAUAUAGCAUGUGUGUAUAUAUAUUUUUAAAUUCAUUGAUGAAUGAGUUCUGUAGAUUGGCCAUUUAAUUUUUAUAUAAUAUUCCAGACAGUAGAUAUUCUUUAUCUACUUUGUUUUUCCUGUGUGGCUAAUUAGGCCAAAAUAUCAAAUGAUUGUAUAUCUCAUUUAGGGGGCUCUUCAGUGUUCUAAGAUAUGAGAUUAUCAAUACAGUCAAUGUCAUUCAUAAGAACAUCCUAUUGGGAAUGAUAUAUAUCAUAUAAACACACAUAUACACCAUAUUUCAAAAGAAGGUUGCAUUUAAUCUAUGUACAGUUCUGCUAAUCACACUUUGUAUGACUUGGUAUAGGUCAUUUCAUAUUGCUUUUUUGGUUUUAUAUUUCCUAAUUAAUAGCAUGAUUGUUUUGCAUUAAUAUUAUCAUACUUUAUUCAGGCAUCCUCCUAUCAAUGUGUGUGUGUAUGUGAGUGAGAGAGAGAGGGAGGGAGGGACAAGGAGAGGCAGGCAUUUUUUCUCUUACAUAAAGGCAUUAGAGAGGCCUUUUUUUUUUUCAUUUUUAUUAUAAAUUUAGUAUGAUGUCCUUUUAUGGAAUUGCUAGAAUGAAAUGUUUGGCCAGUGUUUUCACUAAUUGAAUAUUGCCACAUUCUUAAAUGUUUGCUAGUUUACCACUUGAUUAAUUAUUUAACGAAGGGUCUAUUUUCCCACAGUCUUUAUAUCAUUUCUUCAAAGUUUGAAGGCAUUGUGUUCAUUAUCUAAAUUAAAUUUACAAUUUGACAAGUCCAGGUACUGUCUGGAAAAGGAAAAAGUGCCCAUCAUUUGGAGUGACUGAACACAUAGAAAAACAUAAUGGAAGUUAUUGUAAUAUAAGAAAUUAUAGAAAGGGAUGGUUUUGGAAAACCUGAAGAAUCUUGUGUGAAUUGAUGUUAGAAACAACAUUGCAAAGACUUAACUCUAACAAAUGCAAUGGCCAAAAAUUUACAUAGGACUGAUGAUGAAGAAUGCUAUCAGCUUCCUGAUGGAAAAGUAAUAGACUCAAGUUGUAGAAUACAUUGGAGUUGAGAUAUGGUUUUGCUUAACUGCAUGUAUGUUAGAAAAAGAGAAACCAUCCUCUCCUAUUUGACCAUAUCACUUACAUUUUAAAAGUAGAACAAAGGGUUUUCUAUUCCUUUUCUUCCUUUAAUUAUUUUCUUGGAAAGUAUAACAGAGACAUGGAGCAGAGAGAUAGAAGGAAAUAUAGUCAAAUUCCUCCUCACUGUCCCCCAAACUCCCUCCAGAACAGAUCUAGAAAACAUAUCGAAUUGACUCUUGAGGAGGAAAUUCUUGAAAAGAGUCAGUCAUUUUUCUAGCCCAUGUCUGCAUAGGGAGAUGAAGAGGUCUCUGGACACUGAGGACAGGCUGGCCACAAGCAUGCUGUGUGCAGAAGCACUCCAGUGUAAGGAAAGUGUGUGUCCAAGGUAAGACUUGGACCCCAACCCAUACCAAUGCAUCUCAACUUUGUGCAGAUUUCAGGAACAGGUGCCACUUGGCAGUUUUGUUGCCUACUACCUGGUUCUAAGUCACAGAUUCAAGGUAGAAUGAAGAAGAAACCUUUGACCAAGGAUGAGAGAACAGAUGCUGGGCUGUGUAAUAAGUGGUUCAAAUUCAUAAACAAAGCAGGAGUAUGGCCCAGAUCUCAAGAGCAGAGUAGAGUUCCAGUUCUAGCCUCUAGCCCCAUCUAAAUCCUACAAAGGAUAACCAGGACAGAAUAGAUCUAAAGGAAACCUACAGUUUUUUCACUCUGACCCAGCAGAUCUUAGCAGGUGGCUAGUAGUGGCUAUGUCAAACAUUAGUCCAUGCUUGCUCAAACUGAGGUCCGGAACUUGCAGAGUUCAGACUAGGGAGGCAACAAUUGUACUUUGCUCUGAAUCAGAACACUUCAGAAGCAUUGGGAGCUUGCAAGUCUCUAGCCUUAGCUUCCCUGGACUCAGUACCCCAAGCAAGUAGCAACAGGACUAGCCCAGACCUUCUCUCUAGGAGUCCUACAGAGUCUACACCUAACAUCAAGUCUGAAGUUAUAAAGUGGGCUAGAAUAAGCAAACAAAAAGAAUCCCACCAUGAAAAAACUAUUUGAUGACAGAUGCUUAAGACAAAUCUAAUCAAGAGUGCUUCUAAAAAUCCCCACAAGCAAAGUCUCAAAGAACACACCUUAGGCACAAAUUCAGAUAGAAUUUCUGAGAAGAGAUGAAGCAAGAGUUUUAAAAUGCUUUUAGAAAUGAAAUGAGAGUCCUUGAGGAAAAAAUUUAGAGAAGAAAUAAGAGCUAUAGAAGAAUUGAAAAGGGAAUUAUAAGCUUGGCAUAAAGUCAUAAAACCUUGCUCAGGAAACAAACUCCCUGAAAAUUAGAAUAGAUCAUAUAGAAGACAACAACUCCAUGAGAUAAUCAGAAAUAUUCAGGGAGUCAAAAGACAGAAAAUGUAAGGUAUCAUAGCAAAAACAACUGGCCUGAAGAAUGGAUUGAGGAGAGGAAAAUUUAGACUCAUUGGACUACCUGAAUACUUUGACCAGAAAAAGAGGUUAAAAUCUUAAAAUCAUUUACAGCUCUUAAAAACCUCAAAAUAGAAACUUUCAGGAAUAUCAUGGCCAAAAUCCAGAACCUUUAGGAUGAAGAAAAAAUACUGCAAGCAGCCCAAAAGAAAGGAUUCAGGUACAGUGAGGAGAACCACAUCCAAUUUAGCCACCACCACUCUAAAGGUGGAGAAAGCUUGGAAUACAAUAUUCCAGAAGACUAUAUAGGCUUACAACCAAGAAUAAUUUACCUAGCAGAACAAAGCAUAAUCCACAGGGAGGAAAAUAGAUAAUAAUGUAAUAGAGGCCUUUCAAGCAUUCCUCAUGAAAAGACCAGAGCUUUAUAGAAACUUUAAAGUUCAAACACAGGUACUAAGAGAAACAUAAAAAGUUAAACAUGACUUAACAGUCAAUAAAGGACUAAACAAAAAUAAAGGGAAAUGAUAUGUGUCCCUUUGGAUGCUAUCAAUAGAGGUGAUAACAGGAGUGUAAUUAGAGAGAUGGCCUGGACUGCUUCAGUUAUAUCUUAAUGAUCUUAAAGCAAUGGAAAGAAGGGAAGAGGAAUAUACUGGGAAGAGAAAGGAAGGAUAUGAAAAAUAAUCUCACAUAAUGAGGGUGUACAAAUAACCAUAUAUACAAAUAAGUGGAGUGGGAGAAAGCUUGUUGACCCUUGAAUCUCACUGUCAUCUUAACUGGUCAAAGUAGGAAAGAAUACACACAAAGUUAGAUUCCAAAAUACAUUUUCUUCAAAAGGGAGAAUUAGAAGGAAAGUGGAUUGAGAGAGAGGUUAAUCCUAAGAAAAACACACUAAGGAUGUACAAAAAUAAUUCUUUUGAUUUGGCAAUCAAUGGGAAUCUGAGGGAGAUGCUCAUAAAUUGGGGAAUGGAUGAACAAGUUAUAAUAUGUAAAUAUAAUGCAAUUCUGUUGUGCUGUAAGAAAUGAUGAAAUGGAUGGUUUCAAAGAAACCUGGGAAGACUUAUGUGAACUCAUGCAGUGAAGUAAACAGAACCAGGUAAACAAUUUAUAUAAUAACAAUAUGACAAAGACAAAGAAAUUUGAAAGAAUUAGAAACUCUUUAUCAGCAUAAUGACUAACCACAACUCCUGAGGACUAAUGAUGAAACAUUUUACCCACCUCCUAAUAGAGAGGUGUGUUCAAUGCAGAGUGAGAUGUUUUAUGGGAUGUGGCCAAUGCAGAAAUGUUUUCUUUGACUAUACUUGGAUAUAACCAGGGUUUUUGUUUUUCUUUCAUUCUGAAUUGGGAGGGGGGUGGCAUUAGAGCAGGAGGGAGGAAAUGGAUAUUUGCUGAUUGAAAAAAAUGUUUUUUUUUAAAUGUAACAAGUAUAAACUCAAUAAAUUAAAUUCUUCAUUUGUUCUAAGUGUAAGAAGUAUGUCUUACCACUGACUCAUCAUAUACAGGCUGCUGGUGGAACUGUCACUCCUGAUGUUUCUUUGAUAUAGGGAGUCACCCAACCUCUUUAAAGUUAGAAAAGAAUGGAGAUCAAGACUA